GACUCGCCCCGCGGCCGGACCGCUGAGGGUGCUGGUCCCGGAGGGGUUAACAUCCCAGGUUGUGAGCGAUAUGGCGAGCAGAAACCCCCUCCUGUAGAGUUCAGAACACAUCGGUGUCUCCUUAGGCAAAAGGUGUGUUUUCGUUAAGAUCAGUUCUGAACGAGGAGGACUCAGUCCCUGGUGAGAGGAAGGGGCUUUGUGACAGGCACUCACAGCAGCUGGCUGAGAAGGAGCAGAAGUUGGAUCUGAAGCCAUGAGUUGUUUCCAAGCUUCACCGAGACAUUCCUGGAUUUAUCCCACUGUGAUCCUCUGCCUGUUUGGAUUUUUCUCCACAAUGAGACCCUCAGAACCCUUCCUUAUGCCGUAUUUAUCUGGACCAGAUAAAAACCUGACCAGUGCAGAGCUCACAAAGGAGGUCUUCCCCGUGUGGACGUAUUCCUACCUGGUGCUGCUGCUCCCGGUGUUCAUCCUCACCGAUUACAUCCGCUACAAGCCGGUCAUCAUCCUGCAAGGCCUUAGCUUCAUCACGACCUGGCUGCUGCUCUUGUUUGGCCAAGGAGUGAGGACCAUGCAGGUUGUAGAGUUCUUCUACGGGAUGGUCACUGCCACCGAGGUGGCCUACUACGCCUACAUCUACAGCGUGGUCAGCCCGGAGCACUACCAGAAAGCGAGCGGCUGCUGCCGGAGCGCCACGCUGGUGGCCUACACGGUGGCCUCCGUGCUGGCCCAGCUCUUGGUGUCCCUGGCCAGCCUGUCAUACUUCUACCUCAAUGUCAUAUCCUUGGCCUCUGUCUCCAUGGCCUUCCUUUUCUCACUUUUCCUACCAAUGCCUCAGAAGAGCAUGUUUUUUCACGCCAAACCCAGCAAGGAAGCCCCUCCAAAGCCACCAGGAGGGGAUGUUGUCUCAGAGGAACCUCAGAAGGAUCUCAAACCAGUCUGCCAAGAACUGUACACCAUUUCAGGCAACCCCGGUAUUGGCCAGCAGAGCAGCCCAAAGCCAGAAAAUGUCGUUUUGAGAGUUUUUGUGCAGUGGUUACGAGAUUUGAAGGAGUGUUACUCCUCAAAGCGUCUUUUCUACUGGUCCCUGUGGUGGGCUUUUUCCACAGCAGGUUUUAACCAGGUUUUGAACUAUAUUCAAGUCCUUUGGGAUUACAAGGCACCGUCCCAGAGCUCUACGAUAUAUAAUGGGGCUGUAGAAGCUGUUGCAACCUUUGGCGGGGCCGUGGCUGCCUUUGCUGUGGGUUAUGUGAAAGUCAACUGGGACCUUCUGGGAGAGUUGGCUCUGGCCGUCUUCUCAGUUGUCAAUGCAGGUGCCCUGUUUCUCAUGCAUUACACGACCAACAUAUGGGUGUGCUAUGCUGGCUAUUUGAUUUUCAAGACGAGCUAUAUGCUUCUUAUCACCAUAGCAGUAUUUCAGAUCGCAGUUAACCUGAGUGUGGAACGCUAUGCCCUGGUGUUUGGAAUCAACACCUUCAUUGCCCUGGUGAUUCAGACCAUUGUAACUGUGAUAGUAGUAGAUCAGGGAGGACUGGGGCUGCCGAUCAGCAUUCAGUUUUUAGUUUACGGGAGUUAUUUUGCUGUCAUUGCUGGCAUUUUCCUAAUGAGAAGCACGUCCAUUAUCUACUCAGCUGAAUGCCAAAAGAAAGUGCUGAGGUCUGCUACAAGUCAGACUCCAGAUGGACCACAUCCAGAAGAGCCAAGGAAUGUCAUCAUGGGAACAAAGCUCUAACCCGUGUCAACCUCUACAGCCUCUGAGCAAGGACUGCUGGUCAACCACUACAGCCUCUGAGCAAGGACUGCUCUGAGCAAAGUCCCUGAAUCCCAUUAAUUGACACAUUUCACAAGUCUGGAUUCCAAGGAACCUUUCCAAAAGCACCACACAAGCUCAGCUUUAGACCAGAUAUCUGUGUGCCCAGCUAAAUGGGAUGCAGUCAUCAGGGCCCAUCAUCUCAGUUAAAUAAUCCAUGUUGAGGAACCCCAGUGAAUAGCAGUGGCUGGAAAAUUCUGGUUCUGAUUGCUUUCAAGGACAUGCAAAGGCCUUGGAACCAAACCAUGAGAAAACUCUAGCCAUCCUAGAGUUGAUGUUCCUCAUUUGUGAGCAGAAAUACUAACUGACGUGACCCUGUUGGCUUGGCUUAGAUAUUUGUUUCAUUUUACCAAGACAGGCAACACAAUGGACAUUUUUAGUCACAUGAGCCAUUGCCCUUCUUCUUCUGUUAAGUGUAUUUCUUUGAAACUUACAGUUCUCUGAGAGAGUUAUAAAGCUCUGUCCCACUUUUAUGGACUUCUUUUCUCUCCUGACAACAUAGUAUUAUUCACAAGCUAUUAUUUGAUAAUAUCACCAUUUAAUUUUUUCAUGAUUACUUUUACUUUGUGCUCUGCUGAGCUUUGUUGUUGCAAUUCUACCUCAGAAAUAGCUCCAGACAUUCCUGUGUGGCCACAGAAUGACAUUCACGUCAAUUCCCAGUGGCUCCAGCAGAGGCAAUGAACUUUCUCUUGUCAUGACCCCAGAUGUUUUAGUGUCAUGUCAGUGUGAUGUCUGUCUAAAAUGAAAAACUUAAGUGGAAGUUUUUCAAGGGUUUCUAGAAGUAUUUGUAAAUAAGAAAAUACUGAUGGAGGGAACACCUAAUUUUUAAAUGGCAGAGAUAGUGUUAAGUAAAUUGAUGUGUGCAAAAAAUAUUAAAGAGCCUUUCUAAUUUUUUGAUGAAUUGUGCUAAAAGUUGUCUGAGUUUGUCUGUCCUUUGAAAUGUCAAUAGAAGUCUCAUUGAGCCGUCUGCCACUGGGAAUAAAGAAAGCUGAUUCAUGA